GGUGGCCGGGCCGUGAGCGGCGUGCGGGGCGGCGGCGGCGGCGGCGGCGGCGGCAAUGUUCCGAAAAGCCCGGCGAGUGAACGUGCGCAAGCGGAAUGACUCGGAGGAGGAGGAGCGCGAGCGCGAGGAGGAGCAGGAGCAGCCGCCGCCGUUGCUGUUGCCGCCGCCGGGCACCGGCGAAGAGCCGGGCGGCCCCGGUGGCGGCGACAGGGUCCCCGCGGGGGAGUCGUCGCUCCUAGGCCCGGGCCCGCAGCCGCCGCCGCCGCCGCCGCCUUCCGCGAUCGCCCCAGGCCCGGGGGUCGAAGCCGGGGGCGGCUUCCCCGGGGGUGCAGAGCCCGGCAAUGGGCUGAAGCCGCGCAAAAGGCCGCGCGAGAACAAAGAGGUGGCCCGGGCCAGUCUCCUGAGCUUCCAGGACGAGGAGGAAGAAAAUGAAGAAGUUUUUAAAGUGAAGAAAUCAAGUUAUAGUAAAAAGAUAGUAAAAUUGCUUAAGAAAGAAUACAAAGAAGAUCUUGAAAAAUCGAAGAUUAAGACAGAACUCAACUCAUCAGCCGACAGUGAGCCGCUACUGGACAAAGUGGGGCAUGUUAAAGAGGCCAAUCCAGAAGAUGGGGCUAUCAUCAGUGAACCUGGGGACGAGGAGAUGGAUAUGGAAAGCGAGAAGGAGGAAGAGAAGCCCAAGGCUGGCGGAGCUUUUUCAAAUGCUUUGUCUUCCCUGAAUGUCCUCCGGCCAGGGGAAAUUCCAGAUGCAGCUUUUAUACAUGCUGCAAGGAAGAAACGUCAGAUGGCCCGGGAGUUGGGGGAUUUCACUCCCCACGAUAGUGAGCCUGGGAAAGGCCGCCUGGUUCGGGAAGAUGAGAACGAUGCCAGUGACGAUGAAGAUGAUGAUGAGAAGCGCCGCAUCGUUUUUUCUGUGAAAGAAAAGUCCCAGCGACAGAAAAUUGCUGAGGAAAUAGGGAUCGAGGGGAGUGAUGACGAUGCUUUAGUAACUGGAGAACAAGAUGAAGAGCUCAGCCGCUGGGAGCAGGAGCAGAUCAGAAAAGGAAUUAAUAUUCCUCAGGUCCAAGCAAGUCAGCCCACUGAAGUGAACAUGUACUACCCGAACACCUACCAGUCGAUGCCUUAUGGCUCCUCAUAUGGCAUUCCGUACAGUUACGCAGCCUACGGAUCAUCUGAUGCCAAAUCUCAAAAAUCAGAUAAUACAGUCCCUUUCAAAACUCCCAGUAAUGAGAUGACUCCCGUUACUAUUGAUUUGGUAAAGAAACAGCUUAAAGACAGGUUGGACUCCAUGAAAGAAUUGCACAAAACCAAUCGACAGCAGCAUGAGCGGCACCUGCAAAGCCGAGUGGACUCGACCAGGGCUAUUGAAAGAUUAGAAGGGUCUUCUGGGGGUAUUGGUGAACGGUAUAAAUUUUUGCAAGAAAUGCGAGGGUAUGUCCAAGACUUGCUUGAGUGUUUCAGUGAAAAGGUGCCACUGAUUAAUGAACUUGAAUCAGCAAUGCAUCAGCUGUACAAACAGCGCGCUUCCCGCCUUGUCCAAAGACGACAAGAUGAUAUUAAAGAUGAAUCUUCGGAGUUUUCAAGCCAUUCAAACAAAGCUCUGAUGGCCCCCAAUCUUGAUUCCUUCGGACGAGAUCGGGCACUGUACCAAGAGCAUGCAAAGCGCCGGAUUGCGGAACGGGAGGCCAGGAGGACUCGGCGUAGGCAGGCCAGAGAGCAGACCGGCAAAAUGGCAGAUCACCUCGAAGGCCUUUCCAGUGAUGAUGAGGAAACAUCGACUGACAUCACCAACUUCAAUCUGGAAAAAGAUCGCAUUUCAAAAGAGUCCAGCAAAGUGUUUGAAGAUGUCCUUGAGAGCUUCUAUUCCAUCGACUGCAUUAAGUCCCAGUUUGAAGCAUGGCGUUCCAAGUACUAUACAUCCUACAAGGAGGCCUACAUCGGCCUUUGCUUGCCAAAGUUGUUCAACCCCCUCAUCCGGCUGCAGCUUCUCACGUGGACUCCUCUGGAGGCAAAAUGUCGAGACUUUGAGAAUAUGCUGUGGUUCGAGUCGCUGCUGUUCUAUGGUUGUGAAGAAAGAGAGCAAGAAAAAGACGAUGUGGACAUUGCACUGCUGCCAACUAUCGUGGAAAAGGUGAUUCUUCCUAAGCUAACAGUGAUAGCAGAAAAUAUGUGGGACCCUUUUUCUACAACCCAGACGUCAAGGAUGGUUGGAAUCACACUAAAGCUAGUAAAUGGAUAUCCUUCAGUAGUGAAUGCAGAAAACAAGAACACACAGGUGUAUCUGAAGGCCCUCUUACUAAGAAUGAGAAGAACUUUAGAUGAUGAUGUAUUCAUGCCCUUGUAUCCCAAGAAUGUCUUGGAAAAUAAAAAUUCUGGGCCUUAUUUGUUUUUUCAACGGCAAUUUUGGUCUUCAGUUAAGCUGUUAGGGAAUUUUCUUCAAUGGUAUGGCAUUUUCUCAAAUAAAACUCUGCAGGAAUUAUCAAUAGAUGGUUUGCUAAACAGAUACAUUCUCAUGGCUUUUCAGAAUUCAGAAUAUGGAGAUGACAGCAUCAAAAAAGCCCAGAAUGUUAUCAAUUGUUUCCCCAAGCAGUGGUUCAUGAACCUGAAAGGAGAAAGAACUAUUUCUCAGUUAGAAAACUUCUGUCGAUAUCUUGUACACUUAGCAGAUACAAUUUAUAGAAAUAGCAUCGGGUGUUCUGAUGUGGAAAAAAGAAAUGCAAGGGAGAACAUAAAACAGAUAAUAAAACUCCUUGCCAGUGUUCGAGCGCUGGAUCAUGCCAUGUCUGUUGCAAGUGAACAUAAUGUGAAAGAAUUUAAGUCUCUGAUUGAAGGAAAGUAGAUCUGUGAGACUGAAAAAGCGAUCAUUCCCGAUGUAAAAAAAAAAAUGUGUAUAUAUGUAAAGUUUCUUAAACUGUAAAUUAUUUCUUUUAAUACAAAGAACAUUAUUCAUCUUUAAUACGGUGUCCCUAAAUGUGAUUUCUUGAGAAUGAAAGGAAUGUAGAUUAUUUCUAGAGCGUCUUACGAAUAUUUUCCUCCUUGCCUGGCAUAAUUGGUUUACAGAAGUCUUUUCUAUAUGGCUAUUCAGAUAAACCCUCGGUUAAUUGUUCUCUGUAAACAGUGUGCACAGUGUAAAUUGUGUAAUUAUGAAUAUAUAUAAAUAUAUAUAUAUUUAUACCACCAUGACAUUAACUUUCACACUGGAAAUUUGUGGUGUUUUUCUAUGGAGUCAGCCUUUUAACAAUCAGAAACAUUUUCAGUAGUAAAUUGCUUAAGGGAACUUAACUGCACUGUCCUACAAAAGGGCUGGCUUCUAACUCGGUAUCCCUCACCUUUGGGUAGCGGUUGCUCUGGCCAUAACGGUGCGUGGCCUUAUACAUGAGCACGGAACGUGGGCUUCUUAGUUGCUGGGUGAGUGGUAAACCUCCGCCUGAAUCAGCAACCCCACCAUCGAGUUUGCUGUGAACUGGACCAACGAUACCUACAACAUGGGGCUUGGUGGAAAGAACCCAGGAGUUUCAUUUACCAGCAUUGAUUCAUUGUCCUGCAACCUAACUGCAUGAUUUGGGGCUGGCCGACUGUCCCAUCUCAAGAGUUUUACUCUUUAAUCAGCUUUGAAAAAAAAAAACAAACUUGCAUUUGGAUUUGAGUAGGUCUGUCGUUUAAAAAUCCCACAUAUGUGAGUUCCAUCUGCAAUAAAGAACACACCUUGCUGAUUACCCAGGCCAUUGACUCUAUGUGGUCCUCGAUGUUUAUACCAUGUUGUAAAUAUUCAGAGAACUUGUUUUAAAAUUUGUUUUCUGAUUCUGUGAUUUUCAAAAGAGGAACUUUUUGGAAAUUAAGGACUAUUGUUUGAUAAUUCUAUAUGUAAUUAAGCUUUAGCCAAGCAUUAAAUUAAUUUUUAAAUAUUUC